AUGGUACGUGGUAAGAUGAAGAAAGCACAAGAUCGUCAAAAGAGCUAUGCAGAUCACAGAAGAAGACCAUUAGAAUUUGAUGAAGGUGGUCAUGUAUUCUUGAAGGCGACUUCGAGGUUGAGACUGAAAGGACCGUUUAAAUUACAGAAGAUAAGUUUGAGAUACGUGGAGCCAUACCAGGUUAUAGAGAGGAUUGGAGAAGUAGCUUACAAAUUAGCCUUACCACCUUCUAUAUUAGAAAUGCAUGACGUUUUCCACGUAUCUCAACUUCGAAAGUUCAUUCUAAAUUCUCUUCAGCUUAUUCUUCCAGAUUCAAUAGAAGUAGAAGCAGAUUUGACUUUCGAACUUCUACUAAGUCGUAUCGCAGGACGAGAAGUUAAGGUAUUAACAAAUAAGGGGAUCCUUCUUGUUAAUGUGCAAUAUGAUGAAUCAUAUCUAGGCGAUGCUACCUGGGAACUGGAGUCAGAAAUGCGAGAAGCUUGCCCUCAUCUCUUCCAAGUGGAAAUCCAAGUGAUACAGAAAGUAUUUUUGUGA